AUGGCUGGUACAGGAGCUCGAGAAAACGUUUUCGCCACUCGUAUGGCACUCACGAAUACCAAGCUCCGUCUCAAAGGAGCACAAACUGGUCAUUCACUGCUAGCGAAGAAACGAGAUGCAUUGACGACACGGUUCAGGGCUAUUCUCAAGAAAGUCGACGAGGCCAAGAGAAAAAUGGGCCGAGUAAUGCAGCUGGCGUCGUUGUCGAUGGCGGAAGUCACCUACGCGACAGGGGAUAUAUCGUAUCUCGUACAAGAACAAGCUAAAUCGGCGUCGUUUAGGGUAAAGUCUAAACAGGAGAACGUAUCGGGUGUUGUGCUUCCUGCGUUUGAGGUCGAUAGGGUGUCGGGAUCUGACUUCAACCUCACUGGUCUCGGUCGCGGCGGACAACAAGUUUUACGAGCGAAAGAAGUAUAUGCCAAAGCCAUUGAAACGCUUGUAGAGCUGGCUUCGCUACAAACAGCGUUCACCAUCCUCGACGAAGUCAUCCGGGCAACGAAUCGUCGAGUGAACGCUAUUGAACAUGUAGUCAUUCCUCGGUUGGAGAAUACGAUCAAGUAUAUCAUGAGUGAGUUGGAUGAGAUGGAUCGAGAAGAGUUUUUCAGAUUAAAGAAAGUGCAGGGAAAGAAGAAAAGAGAUACAGCUGCUCGACAGAUCGAGCAAGAAGCAAAAGAGAAGGAGGAAGAAGCUGUUCUGGAACCGAAUACAGUCGAACAAGACGAUGAACAUUCCACGGAUUUGCUCAGUAACAAGGACAGCGAUGUUAUUUUCUGA